AUGAAACAUGCUUCUCUAUUAUUACUACUAGGUAUCAUUCUUUUUUCUUUUUCACUUUGUGAUGCGAAAUAUCAAGUCCGAGUACAAAGAGGGAAGCUGAUCAAGCAUUCAACACAGAAGUAUGGAUUGAGGAGAUUCGAUCGCCUUGUGGGUGCUCAACACCAACAUGUUGCCGAUUUUCGGGACUUUGCAUAUUUCGGAAACAUCACGAUCGGAACACCGAUCGCCUCGAAAUCUGAGCAAACGUUCUUGGUAGUUCUAGAUACUGGAAGUUCGAAUCUCUGGGUUCCUGAUAACACUUGUGGAGUAAAUGAUGUAAACUCCGCAUGCAAACACAAGAAUAAAUACUUCGGGACCGACUCCAGUUCCUACGAGAAAGAUGGUCGGCCGUUCAGCAUCAGUUAUGGAACUGGAAGUGCUUCUGGAUACUUUGGAAAGGAUACUCUUUGUUUCGCCGACACAACACUCUGCAUCAAAUCCCAAAUAUUCGGCCAGGCAAGCAGUAUUGCUCCAUUCUUUGCCAAUCAAGAAAUCGACGGAAUCCUCGGUUUGGGAUUCACUGAUUUAGCAGUCAACAAAGCUCCGCCCCCAUUUGUCAAUGCAGUUGACCAAGGACUUGUAGAGGAACCAAUAUUCACAGUAUACUUGGAACAUCAUGGAAUUAAUAAAGCUGCAAGUGGAGGAUAUUUCACUUAUGGAGGAGAGGAUCCUGAUCAUUGUGGAGAGAUAAUCACGUGGAUUCCACUGACGAAGGCGGCGUAUUGGCAAUUCAGAAUGCAAGGAGUGGGAAUUGAUAGUUCCAGUGAGAAUACAGCUGGAUGGGAAGUCAUCUCGGAUACUGGUACUUCAUUCAUCGGAGGACCUGGAAAAGUAAUUCAAGAACUUGCUAGAAAGUACGGAGCCACUUAUGAUGAAUUCAAUGAUUCAUACGUUCUUCCAUGCUCCAAAGUGAAGACACUUCCGUCUCUGAAACUGAAGAUAAAUGAUAUGGAUUUCGAAAUUGAUCCAAUUAAUUUGGUGGCUCAUCCAGACGCAACUGAAUGUGACCUGACUCUCUUCGACAUGUACGGCGGAGGUUUCGGGCCCUCGUGGAUUCUCGGAGAUCCGUUUAUUCGCCAAUUCUGUAAUAUUCAUGACAUCAAGAACAAACGAUUGGGUUUGGCUCAUUCGAAACAAACAGAAGACGUCACUUUUUGA